UCCCUCCCGUCCGAUCCGCCCUCUCGCAAUGGCCCCGCUUCCCCUGGCACCGUCCGGGCCCGGUGCUCGCUGAAGUGGGAUCUUGCUGUGCCUGAGACCCUCUUCCCCCCCUCCCCAUUCCCUCCCCCUUCCCCCUCCCCCUCCCCCAAGUCUCUCGCCAAAAUCUGCCCCGGGAUGGACGGCUCUUCGGCGCACAGUCUGGACGACGGCGUGUGUGUGGCUGGCGAUGGGGACGAGCAGGAGACGCGGCUCUCUGCGCUAGAGCUGCGAAUGCAGCAGCAAGACAACGAGAUCACCCUACUGAAGGCCGCCCUGGCUGACGCGCUCCGACGCAUCGGCUUCUACGACCAGCACUUCACCCGGUUACAGCCUACUCUUGCUGGAAGCGUUGCUUUUCCGCCCCCCCUGGGUCUGACCGGCCCGACUGUCGCCUCUGUCAGCAGUGACCAGACGUCCGUCCGAGACCAGACACCCGUCCAGGACCCGCCUCCCAGUGGCAGCACCAGCUGCCCCCCGAGCCGGCGGACGAACCAGCCGGGGGCCGAGGCUCCGGCCUCCGCGGACCCCUCCUCUCCGGGCCCAGAGCGUCCCCCCGCCUCUGGCGGGGACCGGGACGGGCGGGAGGAGUCCCGGGCUGAAGACGGGCGAGCGCCGCGGCCUCCAGACGGGGUAGGCCUGAGUAGGCCGCAGCCUGCCCCUCCGACGGCAGCUCGGGCCCCGCAGGCCGGGCUGGAAGAUCCAGCGUCCCAACCCGGUGCCGAGAACGUCGACCCUAUCCCGGCCGCUGUCGGGGUCCAGGAGGGGGGCCGGGGGGCAGCCGAGGCCCAGGAGUCCGGCCUGUCAGAGCCUGAGGCCUACCCGAGCCCGUGGGGGGCCGAAGCCUCCAAUGGGCCUGGCGCCCCUCCUCUGGCCUGCCUGGGGCGUCAAGUGCCACCUGUCCCGGAGGAAGAGCUGGGGUCCCAGCAAUUGGAUCUCCACCCAUCGCCGCUUGAAGCCGCCAUCAAGAAGAAAGUGCUGCUGAGACGCUGCAGCACGUCGGAUAAGCUCAGGGGGCCGCGGGAUGGCGUGUUGGAGAACCACAGGCCCAGACUGGCCAAGAAGUCGGCGUCGUCACAGAGUCUGCUCUCCAAGGGGAGGAACAUGGACAGUCGGAACAAGGAGCCACCCCAGAGCCCAGUGGCCACAUCGCGUCGUGGGUUCUACAAUCAAGAGGGGAUCUCCAUCAAGAUGUUCCUGCGAGGCCGUCCUAUCACCAUGUACGUCCCGCUCCAGGCCCACAACUACGAGGAGCUGAAGAUGGAGCUGCCAGUGGAGAAACUCAAACUGGACUGGGUUUACGGUUACCGCGGGCGAGAUUCCCGCGACAACCUGCACCUCCUGCCCUCAGGGGAGGUGGUGUACUUCAUCGCCUGCGUCGUAGUCCUGUACAGCAUCGAGGACCAAACGCAGCGGCACUACCUCAGGCACACGGACUGCGUCCGCUGUUUGGCCAUCCAUCCGGACGGAGUACGGAUCGCUUCCGGUCAAGCCGCAGGGGUCGACAAAGACGGCAAGCCCCUGCUGCCGUGCGUCCACAUCUGGGACUCGGUCACCCUGCAGACCCUGCAGCACAUCGGGAUGGGCAGCUUCGAGCGAGGGGUCGGAUCCCUCGCCUUCUCUAAGGCUGACUCCGGAGCCUUCCUGUGCAUCAUCGACGAUUCCAACGAGCACCUGAUGUCGGUGUGGGACUGUACCCGGGGCACGAGACAGGCCGAGGCCAAGACCACCAAUGAGGCAGUGCUGGAAGUGGAGUUCAACCCGGCAGACUCCUCCUGCAUCGUGUCCUGCGGCAAGUCCCACGUCUACUUCUGGACGUGGAGUGGCUCCAGUCUCACCAAGAAGCAGGGGAUCUUUGGGAAGUACAAGAAGCCAAAGUUUAUCCAGUGCUUCGUGUUCCUGCGGAGCGGGGAGGUGCUGACCGGCGACUCCGAGGGCAACAUCCUGGUCUGGGGCAAAGCAGCGGCCGAUACCAAGACGCUGGGCAAGGGGGCAAAAGAGACCUAUCAGAUCGCCCGUCAGGUGAGAGCUCACGAGGGCAGCAUCUUUACCCUGUGCGUCGGCAGGGACGGGGGGCUGCUCAGCGGUGGCGGCAAGGACAGGAAGGUCAUCCUGUGGGGAGCUGACCUCACCCCCGAGAGGGAGACCGAGAUCCCUGAGCGGUACGGGGCAGUGCGGACACUACUGGAGGGUCCAGCCGAGGAGCUGCUGAUCGGGACCACAAGGAACGCCAUCCUGAGGGGCAGUCUGAGCCAACCCUUCACCCCCAUCGUGCAGGGUCACACGGACGAGCUGUGGGGAUUGGCCACUCACCCGUUCCAUGACCUGUUCCUGACCUGUGCGCACGACAGGCAGGUGUGUGUGUGGGACCAGGAGCAGCACACGCUGGCAUGGAGCAAGAUGCUGGAGGGGACUGGGCUGUGUGCCGAUUUUCACUGCAGUGGGACAGUGGUGAUUGUUGGACUCCAGAACGGCAGGUAA